AUGAUUUGGAGGAAAGAAUAUUUGAAAAAAAACUAUAUCAAACUACUAGUUCCCAUAUGUGUUGUUCUUGUCCUUGCAUAUUUGAACUAUGCUAUUAAUUAUGCAGUUGGAUAUAAACUAGUAUAUGUACAUCAUUCACAUGCUGUUGCAAUUAUCCUUUGGGUGUUAUUGGGUUUCUUUCAAUUGGAGUUAUUAGUUUACUGGGUAUUAAUAUUCCUUGUUGGACCAGGGAAAUCACCAGUAUUCCCACCUAUCGACCUUUACAGUGAAAAUAAUAAAGGUUUAAUUCCCUUACCUGAUUUAUUUUUCUGUGAUGAAAAAGGUUUUCCAUAUUAUUGUUCAAACUCCAACUCCAUAAAACUAGAAAGAAGUUUUUUUUCAAAAGAUGUUGGAUACAAUGUGAUCAAGUUUGAUCAUUACUGUAUAUGGAUUGGACAACCUAUUGGACAGGAUAAUUAUCUAUUUUUCAUGAAAUUUAUGAUGGGUUUUCUUGCAUUUUUCAUUAUUGUGCUAAUAUACUGUGCAAGGUUUACCAGAGAAUCUAUUCAACAGGGUGAAAUUGAUCAUAAUUUUAUUGUAUUGUUUGUUAUGAGUGGGUUCUGGAUCAUUAUGAUAGGGUGCUUAUUCGGUAUUCACUUGCGGUACGUUAGUAUAAAUAUGACUACAUUAGAUGAAAUUACGAUAAACCAGAGGAAACGGUAUAAUCGAUGGAAAGAUGCCAGAAAGAACCCUAAUAUGCCCAGCUGGAUGAAAACAAAAAACCCACCUAGAAAAGAAACAGGAAGAAAAUAUGUUAAUGUCAAGCACAAAACCGGUAGAGCUAUAGUCAGGUAUUAUAUUGAUGAAAGACCCUUUGAUAUGGGAUUUAGAAGGAACUGGAUCAAUUUGGUUUUCAACGGCAACAGAAAUCACGGGAAAGACGAUGAAUUUUAUACUUUAUGGAGAUUAGCUGCUGCUUUUGUUGUUUUUAUUAUUCCUUUUAUUGACAUACCGUUUUCUUUUAGAGGUAAACUACAAGUAAAGGAUGAUGUGGAACAGGAACUUCACGAACAAGAAAACCUACUAGCAAAAUACACAGUGUAUUCAAGUGUUGUUAAUGACAAAUUCAUGAACAUGAUAGAUGAAAAGUUGAAGAAAAACAGUUAUUCUGCACCUGGCUAUUUGGUGGAAACUACUCCUCAGAACAACCAAUCCACAAUAGAUAAAGAUAGCAUAUAG